CUGGUGGGCAAUCUGAAAAGGAAAGAUAAUGGAAAAGGCAACGAUCCGGUAGCAGAGGUGAAACAGAAAUGGUGGGAUUUCAAAAGGAGGGAUUCUUAAAGAGCAGCACAUCUCAGGGGAGGGAUCAACUGCCAGUCCAAGUGGCAGAUGUCACUGGGGAACAAGAUGGGGAGGUUCCUGGAUCCUCGGGACAAGCCGGCCGUCACAGAGGGAGCUCGCCGUCCACGCCGGCAGAAGAACAAGAAUCCUCGGUGCCUGCCUCUGACGAAGACUCACCGGCCAGGACCACAGAGAGCUGGCAGUGGCCGUUGUCCUCAUCUGAAACGCACAGCAACGUUGGGGAAGAUUUUGAGGGAUUUCAAACACCAGCGCGGACUCCGGAGUGUACCAUGGACAUACAGUCUCCUGGGGAUCAGUCACUCAGUAGGACUCCUCAGUUUGAAAGUGACUCUCCUGAGGAGGAGGAGGGAAAUGAUGAAAUGAAUGAAGAGCACCGCGGUGUUGAACCUGUCCCUAGGGAUCGGGGUUGGAGAGGGCAGCCCCAGCUAACAGAGGGAGAGAAGCUGUUGAUGGAAACCAACAGUAGGAUUGUGCAGCUGCUGGAAAAUAUCAAGAGGGAGCAUGCACAGUCCAUGGGUCUCAUGUCACAGUCCAUGGGCCGUAUGGAGCUGCAGCUAGGCAUUGUGGCUACCUCCACAAGAGCCAUCCAUAACUACCUGUCAGAGAUUUUAGCUUUCCUCAAACAGCCAAGGACACAGGUCCUUGAGACACGUAUCUCCCAAAGAGCCACCCCCCACGUCGAGUUAACCUGUGCCUCGACGUGGACUGGUGAGGACUCAGUGGCAGCCUCCACUGUGUGCUUACCAGGGGGUGAAGGGACUAGCGACUCUCGAGAACCACCACAGGCCACUCUGCCUUGUCGCAGUGGCCGGCUGCAGAGAGCCAUAACCGAGAGGGCCUCUUUGCCCAUGCCUACACGCCAGGCAAAAGGGGGAGGGAAGAAGAAAUAACCACACCAUAGGAUUUUUAGGGUUUUUUUUUUUUUUUUAUGUGCCUGUCCUUUUAAUUCUUAGCCAUAAGGCCAUCAGUGGCAGAUUUCAACCAUUUCCACAUUGGCUAACAUUGUAUUCUGGCUGACUAGAUUAGUCUUAACAUUUUGUAGCUUAUAUUUGCACUGUUAAUAAUGUGUGCUGCUGGUAUUUGAAGAACAUUUGCCUCUGUUCUUUCACUUUAACUUCAUAAGAGCGUUUUUUUACUCUGUGCCAGGCCUUCAUUGCUUUUCUUACAAAUACAAGUCAUUUCUUGAGGCAGCUGUUUUUUGAGUUUUCUUUCUCCAUUAUCCCAUCCCCUCUGAGCAAGCAUUCUGGACUUGGUGGUAAGUAUACAGGUCUUGGCAAUACUCGCCUCCAAAACUGUGUUCGAUCAGUCUUUGCCUGGUGUUUCUGGCAUGCCAGCCUGAGGUGUUGGGGUUAGCCUGUACUGGACCAUGAUCAUUCUUAUCCUCUGUGGGUCUGACCAGCUCACUUUCUAAGACCCUCGGUGGAGCUAAUCCACGUGUCUUGGCUAUGUCGUAUAAUCAGUAAUGUUGCCAGGAUCAUAUCUCAUAUAUAACUUUUGGGGCCUGUAUAGUAAUGUGCCACCAGAUCUAUCUAGGCGCCUGACUCUCAUUUUCAAAGUUCCUUUUAUGAUGGAUCUGGUGGUUUGAUGGGCAGCAUUAUAAUUUUUCCUCUGAGAGAGCCUGGGGAUUGGAAACAGGAGUCAUUAAGCAAUGUGUUUUAUGGGGAUAAGAACCACCUCCUGCAACAAAUCUGUUAGGAGGAGACUGUCUCCUGUAAUUAUCAGAUACUAAUUACUUGAGCAAAAAAAGAAAAAAAAAAUGCAGCUUACCUAGCAGCCAGACUUCUGGAGAAUGUAAAUGUCAUGACAUGCUGUUGGGUUCUGUGCUACUAUGUCUGUGAUUAAGAGCUUUUCAUCAGAGAUGACCUACAUGUUGAUAAAAUGCAACUACUUUUUGUGCCUUUAGGCCAUCUCAUUUCCUGAGGGCUGGCACCCUGAGCAGAACUUGGGUGCAAUUGGUAACCCACAGGACAGAUGGAAGUGCACUUUGCAAUAAAUUAUUUUAUAUCUUUUGGUGCUGCCUCUCUCGGGGGAAUUUAAUAUAGUGGCACUCAAAUUGCUGUAUGCAUGCAGAGGCAUCAGACUGGCUUAUACAUGUGGUAUCCCUGACAGUUCUCCGAAAGGACGCUGUUACCAGGAGCCCCUUGAGCGGUGGUAACUAAUUAUCACAGGUGUAGCAUGGCUCCUGUGUUUGACUCUCAACAUCCCUUUGAAACUUCUCGUAGAGGUUCAGAAGAGUUUGUAUGGCAAAACAGUAAUGAAUUUCUCCUCUGGCGAAUCUUAGCAAAUAAUUGUAGCCUAAAAAUCCUCUUCUACGAUUACAGUUGAGCUGCGCUCUCUCUCUCGCUCUCUCUGUCCAGUGAGCUGUAGCCUCUUCUUCCGUCUUUCUUUGAGACUGAGGUUAAUCAAAAUAAAGCAGAUAACAUUUUGUUAUUCUACCAGUCAGCCACAAAUUGCUCCCUUAUAAGUGUGUGUGCGUGUGUGUUUGUGGCUGUAUUUUGCUAAAUGACCAGUUUAACAUGAAAUGCAGCUGGUAUGGCCAACCUCCAACGUAGGCGCUUUCCAGUACAGGAUAUGUCUUCCCUACCAGCUACAUCCAGCUGCGUUCUCUUUAAGAAUAUCAUUGGAGCCGUGCUGCUUUGGCUGCAGUCAACACACCUCACAUCAGGUGCAAGGUGUAUUUUUGCACCUUUUCUGUGGCUUUUUUCUCUCUUUUGUUAAAGCUGUUUUUAAAGGUAUCCUCAAGAGAGUUUCCAAUACAAGCUUGUAAGAUUACCCUCUCACUGGUACAAGAAACAUAUACUGCAAAAUAUUUCAGGUCACAAGAAGUUUGGGGGAGAAGUCCAUUAGUAGGGCUGACAAAUAAUUCCAGUAUGUGCCGCCUUUUGAACAUGUAUUUCUGGUGCAUACAUGGUUUGCACGCUGGUAAUGUGGAUAUGAACAGCCUAGUUAAAGGCAAAGGCAAGUGAAAGUUUGUCCCAAUAUGCUUACGUUUUAUUUCUUUGGGAUGAGUUUGAAUGAAGCUAAAUACAAGUCAGCCAGUUAAUGUCUUGGCCUAAUUAGCACAUGUACGAUAAUAC